GCGGCGGAGAUGCUCCGGGAGGCGGAGUGGGGUGAGCUGGAGCUGGAGGACGGCUAGAGCGGGACAGCGAGCGGGAGAGCGGCGCAGUGUGGACCGGGGCCGGCCGGGCGGCUUCCCGCAGUCACGCCAUGAGCUACACCAGGCACUGGGGGGAGUGGUUCCUGAACCUGCGGGUGCCCCCCGCCGGCGUGUUCGGCGUGGCCUUCCUGGCCCGGGUCGCCCUGGUUUUCUACGGCGUCUUCCAGGACCGGACUCUGCUCGUGAGGUACACCGACAUAGACUACCACGUGUUCACGGACGCCGCGCGUUUCGUCACGGAAGGGCGCUCCCCGUACCUGAGGGCAACUUACCGCUACACCCCGCUCCUGAGUUGGCUCCUCACUCCCAACGUCUACCUGAGCGAACUCUUCGGCAAGUUCCUCUUCAUCAGCUGCGACCUCCUCACCGCCUUCCUCCUAUACCGCCUGCUGCUGCUCAAGGGGCUGGGGCGCCGCCAGGCCUGUGGCUACUGCGUCUUCUGGCUGCUUAACCCCUUGCCCAUGGCCGUGUCGAGCCGAGGCAACGCGGACUCCAUCGUCGCCUCCCUGGUGCUUACGGCCCUGUACCUGAUAGAGAAGCGGCUGAUCGCGUGUGCCGCGGUGUUCUACGGCUUCGCGGUGCACAUGAAGAUGUAUCCGGUGACCUACAUCCUCCCGAUCGCGCUCCGCCUGCGGCCCGAGCGCGAAGACGACGAGAGCCUCCGGCAAGCCCGGUACUGUUUCCAGGCCCGUCUCUACGAUUUCCUGAAGCGGCUGUGUAGCUGGGCCGUGCUGCUCUUUGUAGCAGUUGCGGGACUCACGUUUUUUGCCCUGAGCUUCGGUUUUUACUCUAAAUACGGCUGGGAGUUUUUGGAGCACACGUACUUCUAUCACCUGACUAGGAGGGAUAUCCGCCACAACUUUUCUCCGUACUUCUAUAUGCUGUAUUUGACCGCCGAGAGCAAGUGGAGUUUCACCCUGGGGAUUGCCGCAUUCCUGCCACAGUUCAUCUUGCUUUCGGCCGUGUCUUUUGCCUACUACAGGGACCUUGUCUUCUGUUGUUUUCUCCAUACAUCCAUUUUUGUGACUUUUAACAAAGUCUGCACCUCGCAGUACUUCCUUUGGUACCUCUGCCUUCUGCCUCUAGUGAUGCCUCUAGUGAGGAUGCCUUGGAAAAGAGCCAUAGUACUCCUCAUGUUGUGGUUUCUAGGGCAGGCCUUAUGGCUGACUCCUGCGUACAUUCUGGAGUUCCAAGGAAAGAACACCUUCCUGUUUAUUUGGUUAGCUGGUUUGUUCUUUCUUCUGAUCAACUGUUCCAUACUGAUUCAGAUUAUUUCCCAUUACAAGGAGGACCGCCUAAUAGAGAGAAUCAAAUAUGACUGAUGUGUGUUCUGGACUUCUAUUCCUAUCUGACUGUACGGAAGUUUUUCCUCCCUGAACAUUCUAAGGACUCUGGUGAAAGUUCCCUUGUUCCAAUAGAAAUUAAAACCAGUGUUGGCCUUAUAUAUAAAGGGACCCAGUAAUCGAGGCCCAUCCUUUACAAAGUCUUAGGACUCAUUCAUUUGAUGAGAAAGUAAAGGUUUCUUGUUUGACAGUUGAAAAGCCGAUGAAACUAGAAGAUGCUAAAAUGCUUUUUGUACAAUAGAGAAAUAGACCUAAGUUUCUUAGCAGGGUUUGUUCUCGUUACCCUGUGCCACCGUUGUACCUUCGGCCCUCACCUUUUCCUUCUGCAGUUCUGACAGCUGUGGAAAUUUACAAAGUUCCCAAAGUACAACAUGUUUACAUAUAAAAUAGUACCAUUACCGUGCUUAGUUCGGAAAGUUUAACAUUCUUGUAUUACAUGUUGGGGCUUAGAGAUAAACAGUCCAAAGAAUUUGAA